GAUUUAAAUCGAUCGAACAUUUCAUCGGAUGAUCGAUCACACGGACUCGAUGUUUCAUUGAUAAUCAUACAGACGGUUCGGGACGAUUUUUAUAUGUAUUAUCCUCAUUAAUAGUGAUGGAAGACUUUAAUAUAUCCAAGGAUUAAAAUAUCAUACAUGGACUCUGUUUUCUUUUUAAUUUUUUAAUCUACAUUUUAAUUUUAUAUUAAUCGCUUAUUAAGAACGUUAUGUGCCAGUGAUAAUGGAGACUCUAGUCUUGAUACCGCAAGAAUUGAGUCUGGCUCUGAGGCCGGGGGGUGCUAGAGGAAGAGAGGCUUCUGUCAGCGUUUGGACUUCAACAGAACUCCAGCGAGGGUCUCUGCUGUACCCAUUUCAGGGUACUAUAAGGAUCGACAAGCUACACGUUUAUUCCUACGUUGCGGAUCAUGAUAUUCGUCAUAGAUUUGGUCUUUUCGACGAAGUUUGCACUUCAGGGGGAGUGCAAGUAAGGCAUUGCAAUUGGGUCAGAUUCCUGCGCGUCUCAGAAAAUUAUGGACCUCAAGUAAACUUAGUGUGUACUAAAGUAAAGGGAGAGCCGGUGUACGAAGCAGUGAAGCCCAUAUCAGCACAUACGGAACUCAUAGUAUAUUAUUUACCUGAGCGACCUGAGGAAUUAUUCUUCGUCAGAAUGAGGAACAACUUAUACAGACAGACAAUGGAUUCUAUUUUGGAAGAUUCUCCGUUAGACCUAUCCACAUCCCUAUUAUCUAGAGUACUGCUACCAAUAUCACCGCCAUCUGGUGCUGAAGAUGAACACAAAUCGGUGUCCGGAGACUCUCUGACGUCAUCAUCGGCCGGCUCAUCGAGUGAACUGCUAGAGAUGACGCCAAAAAUACAAAGGAGGCCGGCAAAAUCUGAAAGAGCCUUGCUGCCAUGUGAAGUGUGUGGGAAAGCUUUUGACCGACCGUCUCUGUUGAAGAGGCAUAUGCGAACUCACACAGGUGAAAAACCUCACGUGUGCAUGGUAUGUAACAAAGGGUUCAGUACAUCAAGCAGCCUGAAUACUCACAGACGGAUACACUCCGGAGAGAAACCACAUCAAUGCCAACACUGCGGGAAGAGAUUCACUGCUAGUUCGAACCUUUAUUACCAUCGGAUGACACAUAUAAAGGAAAAGCCGCAUAAAUGCAACCUCUGCUCCAAGUCGUUCCCAACUCCCGGGGACCUGAAGUCUCAUAUGUACGUGCACAGCGGUUCCUGGCCUUACAAAUGCCAUAUCUGCUCUCGAGGAUUCUCCAAACAUACCAAUCUCAAAAACCAUCUAUUUUUACACACUGCGAAACAUCAACGGAACAGCGCUAGAGAUGCUACCUGAAAACCUAUCUAAGAACGGUGCUUAUUUCUAUAUCCAGGAUUAUGUAUAUACCAGAUACCAGUAUUUAAUCAAUUAUUUCAGUU